AUGCGUGCAUCCCCUUCUACCACUCCAGUCGUCCCCACCGUCCGCAGUGGCUCUACCGAUAAGGAGAACCGGAAGGUUGCUCUUAUUACGGGCAUCACUGGGCAGGACGGCAGCUAUCUCGCUGAGCUCCUACUUGACAAGGGUUACGAGGUACACGGCAUCAUCCGAAGGUCGUCACACUUCAACACUUCUAGAAUCGAUCAUCUCUUUGAUAGGCUGCAUUUGCAUUACGGAGAUAUGGUUGACAGCAGUAACCUUUGCUCCGUUAUGGGCAGAGUCAGACCUACUGAAAUCUACAAUCUCGCUGCUCAGUCACACGUCAAGGUUUCUUUCGAGAUGUCGGAGUAUACGAGUGACGUUGUUGCUAUUGGGACUUUGAGGCUCCUCGAGGCGAUCAGGACAUGUGGCCUUGAGAAGGACUGUAAGUUCUACCAAGCUUCAACGAGCGAACUGUACGGCUUGGUAGCUGAAACUCCCCAGACUGAGAAGACGCCAUUCCAUCCUCGCUCACCUUAUGGCGUUAGCAAGCUGUAUGCCUAUUGGAUCGUGGUGAACUUCAGAGAGAGCUAUGGUAUGUUCGCUUGCAAUGGCAUCCUAUUCAACCAUGAGUCGCCAAGACGUGGAGGCACCUUUGUGACCAAGAAGGUCACUGAUGCUGUAGCCUCCAUCGUGGCAGGCCGGCAGAAGGAUGUGGUUUUGGGUAACCUGGAUGCCAAACGAGACUGGGGCCACGCUAAGGAUUACGUCAGAGCUAUGUGGCUCAUGCUCCAACAGGAUGAGCCUGUGGACUACGUCAUCGCCACUGGUGAACAGAUGACAGUUCGAGAGUUCGUGGAACGCAGCUUUCGUCUCGCCGGUAUCACCAUCGAAUGGCGUGGUCAUGGUCUGCAGGAGGUUGGGGUGGAUGCAGCCGACCCUUCCAGGGUCUUAGUAAGGGUCUCUGAGCGCUACUUCCGGCCUGCGGAAGUGGAGAGUCUCCUUGGUGAUGCUACUAAGGCUCGUGAGGGCCUUGGGUGGGAACCUGAAGUGCACAUUGAUGAGCUCAUCUUUGAUAUGAUGCAACAUGAGUUCGAGAAAUUCGGCUUGGAGUUGCCGAGCCCAGUCGCGUGUGAGAAGACUAGCAAGCAGUAG